GAAGCGGCGACGCCGCCGCCUCCUCCCGCCGCCGCCGCCUCCUCCCGCCGCCGCCGCCGCCGCCUCCUCCCGCCGCCGCUCCCGGCGGAUGUCCGGCCGCGGCCAUGGCGCUGGGGGAGGCGGCAGCCCGCGGGCGGCUCCUGCGCUGGCCUCGGGUCCUGCUCUUCGGAGACUCCAUCACUGAGUACUCCUUCCAGGAAAACGGCUGGGGGGCGUACCUUGCUGAGAGACUGGUCAGAAAAUGUGAUGUUGUGAACCGUGGGAUCUCGGGGUACAACACCAGAUGGGCUAAAUUGGUUCUUCCAAGGCUGAUCACUGAAAGUGCUAAUGCUGACAGUAUUGUUGCAGUUACCAUUUUCUUUGGAGCUAAUGACAGUGCUUUGAAAGAGCUGAACCCGAAGCAGCACGUUCCUCUGGAGGAGUAUGCUGCCAACCUGAAGGCCAUGGUGCAGUACCUGAACUCAGUGGGCGUCACUGCCGACAGGAUUAUUUUGAUAACACCACCACCUCUUGAGGAAUCAGCGUGGGAAAAGGCAUGCCUUGCCAAAGGUGACAAACUGAACCGCCGCAAUGCCACCACCGGGCAGUACGCGCAGGCCUGCGUGCAGGCCGCCCGGGACUGCGGCACCGACGUGCUCGACCUCUGGAGCCUCAUGCAGAAGAAUCAGGAUUUCUCUUCCUAUUUGUCGGAUGGCCUUCAUUUAUCAGCAAAAGGCAACAGCUUUCUAGCAGCUCAGCUUUGGUCACGCCUGGAAAAUAGACUGUCUGCUCUUCCUUCACUGCUUCCUUACUGGCGUGACGUGGACCACACGAACCCCGAGGCCAGCCUGCUGUGACAUCCCUGCAGGGAGGCCUGCUGUGACAUCCCUGCGGGGAGGAGCCAGGGCAGCACAGAGCCAGCCCGGGCUCCUGGCACUGCUGCAGGCUGUGUCCUCAGGGAAUGCGGCACUGGAGGGGCCCAGCAGGGCUCUUCUCUGCCCCCUUUCCUUGGUCUGUGGGAGAAUAAAGGUGAGGCCACUU